ACAGAAAUUUAAAGUUUGUUUGUGAUUUUUUUGAAAACAGAUCGAAAUCGAACUCACCUGGGAAACUCGCGCAACAAGCACUAGAAGUACUAAACAAAACAAAACAAGCAUUUCAGGUUUCUUCUAGCUUAGCAACAGCCAAAAGUAUAGUUUUUGUUUAGGUGGAGGGAGGGGGUGGCAGAAAUGGAUGGAGGAGGAGGGAGGAGGAUAACGGCUAGUCCGAGGCCGUGUAAUGGGAAAAGAGUGGUGGCGAGGAAACGGGGAAGGGGUUUUGGCGGAGGAGAUGGGUUUGUUAACAGUGUCAAGAAGCUUCAGCGAAGGGAAAUUUGUUCUAAGCGCGACCGUACCUUUACUAUGACUGAUGCCCAAGAACGUUUUAGAAACAUCCGGUUACAGGAGGAAUAUGAUACUCAUGAUCCAAAAGGUCACUGUACCAUGGUACUGCCAUUUUUAAGAAAGAGAUCAAAGAUUAUUGAGAUCAUAGCAGCUCGUGACAUGGUGUUUGCUCUUGCACAGUCUGGUGUCUGUGCAGCAUUUAGCCGAGAGACCAACCAAAGGAUAUGCUUUUUGAAUGUCACUCCUGAUGAAGUUAUACGAAGCUUGUUUUAUAAUAAAAACAACGAUUCACUCAUCACAGUUUCAGUUUAUGCCUCAGACAAUUUCAGUUCCUUGAAAUGUAGAAGCACAAGGAUUGAAUACAUACAAAGGGGUCAGCCAGAUGCUGGCUUUGCUCUUUUUGAGUCUGAGUCACUGAAAUGGCCUGGUUUUGUAGAGUUUGAUGAUGUAAACAGUAAAGUACUUACAUAUUCUGCACAGGAUAGUAUAUACAAGGUGUUUGACCUAAAAAAUUACACAAUGUUAUACUCGAUAGCAAACAAAAAUGUUCAAGAGAUUAAGAUCAGUCCAGGGAUCAUGUUGUUGAUUUUAACUAAAAGUGGUGGCUGUGUUCCUCUUGAGAUUCUUUCAAUAGAGGAUGGCACUGUUCUCAAAUCUUUCAAUCAUCUCCUUCAUCGGAAUAAGAAGGUGGAUUUCAUUGAACAGUUCAAUGAGAAGCUUCUUGUCAAGCAAGAAAAUGAAAAUCUCCAGAUUCUUGAUGUCCGCGACUUUCAGCUAAUAGAAGUUAGCAGAACUGAGUUUAUGACACCAUCAGCAUUUAUAUUUCUCUAUGAAAACCAGCUAUUCCUGACAUUUAGAAAUCGAACUGUGGCUGUUUGGAACUUCCGAGGAGAGCUUGUAACUUCUUUUGAGGAUCACCUUUUGUGGCAUCCUGAUUGCAACACUAAUAAUAUUCACAUCACAAGUGAUCAGGAUCUUAUAAUUUCUUACUGCAAGGCUGAUUCUGACGAUCCCUUGUCUGAAGGCAAUGGAUCCAUCAAUAUCAGCAAUAUCUUGACUGGGAAAUGUCUUGCUAAAAUAAAGGCAGGCAACAGCUUCCCAAAUGUGAAUGAAUGCAGUCAGAGUUCAAAGAAGCACAUGUGUGCCUCCACAGUGAGAAGCACAGCCGCAGAAGCUUUGGAAGACAUCACUGCUCUCUUCUAUGAUGAAGAGCGCAAUGAGAUCUAUACAGGCAAUAGGCUUGGUCUAGUUCAUGUGUGGUCUAACUGAUUUUUUGACAAAUCCUUGUUUGCUUAAGGUUGUUAAUGUUUAAUCAGAUGGUUGAAUGAGCAUGCUGCCUGGAUGUGAGAGUUCCCUGAAACUGUAACAUUUACCACACUUGUACCAUGUCAUUUUUCUUUUUGGUUUUGGAAAUUGAUUUCCUUGUGUCUGUUUCCCUCGA